AUGACAUCGGAAUCUAGGAUUGUUGCACUCGCACGCGGCAUUCUGGAGCAUACAUCCGCUGUGGAUGUUUACCUGCAUAAAAACGGCCUUCCGAGACACACUGAGAAUGGCGACCCUGACAACAAACCUCCAUGGGGGCCUAUACCAGACGCGGCAGCCGCGGAAUCGCGACAACAAGUGAUGGAUGCUUGCGAGGAGCUGCGUGGACUCCUUGGAGGCCCUGUCUUGCCACUCAUCAUUGAUUGGACAAGGCCGGCGAUUCUACGUGUCGUUAUACAGCUGCGGUUGGCAGAACUGGUCCCGUUACACCCCCUCGGUAGUGCCGCAGGCACGCCCUUUUCCACUAUAGCCGCCAUGACGCGCCCGGAGAUCAGUGAAAGCUGUUUCCGCCGAAUUAUUCGUCAUGCCACAGCACACGGUAUUUUUUGCGAACCUUCUGAAGGGCUUGUGGCUCACAAUACGACAUCGAUGCUGUUAAUCCGCGAGCCUCUCCUCAAGGAUCUAGUUACAUACGGCAUGUUCGACAUGUUGCCUGCGGGCAUGAGGCUAGCUGAUGCCUUGCAAAGAUUUCCAGACGGUCACGAUCCCAAAGACACCGGUUUCGCGUUGGCGAACCUUGAACGGGAGCUUAUGUCACUUGAUGCCGCCACGAAGAACACAAAUAUUCCCUCGGCGCUGUCGCAGCGGAAAAGCCUAUGGCACGUCCAUUCGCAAGAGCCAGAGAUGGCAAGACGGUUCCAUAAUGUCAUGACGCAGGAAUUUAUCAGUGAAAAUGUUUACUUGGAAGACUUCUCUGGCCAAUUAAAUAUUGAAGGAAAAAAGAUAGUGGAUGUUGGGGGAGGAAGAGGUUCGCUCGCAGUUCAAGCUGCCAGCAAAAUUCCCACCACAAUGUUUGUGAUACAAGAUUCCGAGCAGAACGCUAGAGAAGGACAAAAUUCUCUACCUGCUGAUCUCCAAGAAAGGGUAAAAUUCAUGGCGCAUGAUUUCUUCUCCCCACAGCCGGUCAAAGAUGCCGAUAUUUACUUCUUCCGUUGGAUUCUGCAUGACUGGAGUGAUGUUCAUGCGGUGGAGAUCAUACAAAGCCUUAUUCCAGCAAUGCGGCCCGGUGUGAGAGUAAUUUUAAACGAACUGGUAAUACCCAGGCCGGGCGCCGUCUCCGACAAGGUAUUCAAAUCGUUGAUAAACUAUGAUCUUGCGAUGAUGGCUUUAUUCAAUGGACAAGAACGUAGCUUGUUAGAGUGGCAGGAACUCUUCCAGAAAGCGGACCGGAGAUUCAGGUUUGUAGCCUGCAGAACUAAGAGCCCAAAAGAUUUAUCUAUUAUUGAGUUUGAAUGGGACAGUCGGCUACAUGCUACUAUUCAAUAA